UACCUUUUAUUUAAAUAGCACGACAUCCGAUUCGUCUGUCCUAUCCGCCUUGUGUACUCUGUCGUGACUUCUAAAGCGAUCUUCACGUAUUAUAUAUGGUAUUAUAUAUGGCUGCUAGUUUGCCUCCUACAUCAUAUUGCAGAACUUCCCUAGCUACUCGAUAUCUUCCAUCUUGUACAUAAUGCUGAGUACAAUAUGCCCGCCGUUCGCUCUUUGAACUUGUGGACGCCUUGACCGAGUAAUUAUCGAAUCAUCCUGUUAUUAGUUUCUUAAACAGGAAGGGGAAAAUCAUCCUUUGACAAUUAUAUCAACGGCCUAAUAUUAUAGUUCGUCAUGCCUCGUUAUACGUCUUCCUCUCCAUCUCUAUCUCGGACUUCACAUUCCCGUUCAUCAUCCUGUUCCCGAUGUAACCCUUCCACGAAUACCCAACAGGGAUACCAACGGUCUCGGUCACCAUCACAUUCGAAUGAAAGGAAAGAUGUAUUAAAAACAUCUUUAGUUUUCCUCGGUGCUAUCGGUGCUGCUUCGCUAGCUGCUUCGAAGCUUUGGCCCAAGGGCAUACUUUACGGCGAAAAGGAAUCGUGGGCACAGGAAGCAAAAAAGGAAGUCAAGCAUGCUCUAGGCAGAGACAAGCCAGACAGCAGAGAAAACCGGAGAAGAACCCGGAGCGUUAGCCACGGCGGCGGGGGCUCUAGACGCCAGCAACCGCCCCGGGCCUAAAUACGAGACGAAGUAGUCGCCGUGAGGCCCGAUCACCGUAGUAUACACGUGGAUACCGGCUGGAUUCAACAAUGUGACGACGCAGAUGGUGAUCGCGAUAGGCAAUACUACUCUAACGCUCGAGAGAGCAGAAGAUUCGGCAACGAGCCGAGCAGAUUCAGAAACCCCUGGGCUUCAGAUUCUGAUAGAUAAGCUCAAGGCCAUCAAUAUUUCGAUAAUUAGGGACGUUCGGAAGGAGAUGGAUAGGUUUUUAUGCAUAAUGAUUAACGAGAUAAGCUUCUUUACCACUACAUAUCAAUCAAAGUAUCACGAAAACGGGCACGAGAUAUACUUAUUUCAUCUCAUAAGACUUAUCCUGUCUAUGGCAUAUGAGGGAAAGGCAUCGAUGACAAGUGAGGUUAUUCGAAGGGAAAUAUGAAUGAAGAGCCUAAAGUACCUCUUGUUAGAAUUAUGAGUAUACGUGUU